AUGAGUGAAAAUGUUAGCAAUCAAUGGUCAACACCCACCCUUGGCCUUGUCUCGAUUUGGUUGUGCUUGGCGUUAGCUAGACAAGCUUUCGAUCUAAUCGGACGACUCUGGCUACCAGUUAUCUUCAACUUAUUGCAAAUCCUUUGCUGUAUCAUCGGUUUGUUCGCAGUUUGUCAGCGAAGACGAGCGCUUCUCGGCGUGUUCAUCGUGACGAGUCUCCUCUCAACAAUCUACAAUAUUUUGUUGUUAUUAUGGUACGAGGAUGUCUUCCCCUCAUCCACCCACUACACAAUUCCCCUAUCUUUCGGCUUACCACUCUCAUUCUCGUUUUUUCUCAAGUACACACCGGGAUGCUCAUCGCAUUUCGAUUUACAAAAGUCAUUCUAUGUGCAGGACGAUUGCCUAAUCCGCUUCACUCAUUUGGAAGCGGCUCAAUGUGUGCUGCACAUGCUUUUUGCCAUCUCCACCAUGAUCACCACGAUUCUCAUGCUUUGUGAGAGAGAUGUAAACAAGCGGAAAAUAAAGGGGAAAACGCACUCAUUGCCCACCGUUUCCAUUGAAAGCAUUCCACGAUCGAACGGUCGUCCUCUUUCUCGAGUUCCACCAUCAAUUUUGGAUACAGGAUCGGUUCGUUCGGGCUACGUGAACUCAUCAUACGACUCCCGAGACGACGUGAACGGAGUGCGAACGUCGCCAAACUAUCGACAAGACCCCAUUCACGCGUUUCCGAAUGCAAAUUAUGAGGAUCCACAGGAUCCACAGGAAAAUCGGCAGCCAGCCACCCAGCUACAGUACUCAAAGCGGAAAAGUGGUGGGCAAAACGUGGAGAAUGCAAGAUCGAAGCCACCAAAUCAAAUCGACCAGCGACAAAGCGGGCUUUUUCGUAAAGCACGCGAUCAUCGACAGAAUCGUCACAGUCGUUUGCCACCCGAGUACCCAUCUCUUCACUCUGAUCCCCAUUCUCAUUCCAAAUCGGUGCCCCAACCUUCUCCUCUGCACUCCCUCGUCUCAUUUGACCCAAAGAAGGGUCGGAAUUUUCUCACGGUCCAAGAACGUGUUCCCUCUGAUGAGAGUGACGAUGAGACAAUCUCUGAUGAGUCUCCUGUGUCAGAUGAUCGACGAAAUGAUGACAUCGAGCCACGAAAGGAGAUCAUUCCAAAACGCGAUCUCUCCUUGGAUGCACAGUACUCGAAAGUGCAGAAGCGAAAUCAACCAAAGCCUCAAAUGAGAAGCACUUCGCAAAGGGACCUUCCAAACGAACCCUCCUCAUAUCGAGAUGCAAUCGAUCACGGGAAUGGAAAAAGCUCAUUGAGAUUGAGAAAAGAUCAAGGGAUUGAUCAAGAAGAAGAUCAAGAAGACGAUGAAAUAGGCAUUGAUGAUCCGGCUUAUGAGAGGAUUUCCGUGUAUCGACGAUUGGGUGAAGCCAAGUCGAUAAAGAAUGAGAGGAUGCCGGUUGGUAUU